GAUGAUAAAUUUAUAUCUUAUCAACGAUUUUACAACUUACUUAAGUGCACUGUGUUGUAUUUUUUGGAGUUAGCGAUGUAUUAGUGUGUUAAACCGGGCGAUAUGGACGAAUGAUGAAGCGCUUUCUUCCAUUCAUAAUUAUCAGUUCGGCCUAGUGCUGCAUUCGUUAGUCGGCAAAUGUGGGAAUCGGGAUCUGCCAUCUGACAUUCUACUGCGGAAUAUACACUGCUGGAAUAUCUAAUCUGACCGUGGAUUAUGCAAAGAAUUUACACAUUUCCAUGGAUUUAGAAAAUCAUUUUCAACCGGCAUUGUGCAAUGUGGUGUUUGUGGCUUGCUAAGACAGACGAUCCCGACCAUCGAUUUUUUGCUUUUUUUCCCCGUCGGGAGCGCGGGGCACAUCACGUUUCUCAGCCGACUUCCUGGGUUCGCUUGCUGUGAUGUUGAUGUGAAAAUACUGGACAAGCUUGUUGAGAACACUGUGGGCCACAUUCAGAUGGUAACUGCAGCAUGUAGUGAUUUUGAUUUUAUAACAUCUAUAUGAGAUCAGCGCUGAGACCAACAACUAGAGCGACUCUGCCACCGCCGGAUCAGGGCAGUGGUGUCGUCAUCACGCUUGAACAGGUGCGGCCGCACCCUAGAAAGCAGAAUGAGUACGUAGACUCACCCCGGGGGCAACCCCUGGGGAGCCUCAAGGCACCUGCCUCCCAGGGCACUGUGAUCAUCGGAGGUGGAACAAGGGAGAGUCCACACUCAAGGGUUUUGUUACCUGGGCGAAGUGUGAGGUCGCUUAGCACUGUCAUUUCCACCCAGCCACCCGUGUCUAUAUCCCCUCCACUUAAAAAGGACCCUUUGAUUGAGGAGGACGAUGGUUCGAUUACUUGUCGAAAGUGUGGAAAAUGCAAAUGUGGUGCAUGCACAGGGCCACGGGAGCUGCCGUCGAGGUGGCUCUGUGGAGAUGAAUGUGAGAUUAGCGCGAAUGCGGUGGUGGAAACGUGCACAUGUUUCUGUUGUGUCAAAGGCAUAUUCUAUCACUGCGGAAAAGACGAGCAAGACGCCGACUAUGUGUGUGACACGGACCCCUGUGCGUCGUGUAGUAAGCCGCACUGUUGUAAACGAUGGACAUGUAUGGCAAUGAUGUCACUGUGUCUGCCCUGUCUGUGUCUCUAUUGGCCAGCCAAGGGUGUGCUCAAGGCCUGUACUGUAUGUUACAACAAAUGUCGCAAAAAGGGCUGUCAAUGUUCGUCCAAGGCCACCAAGCACAGUAACGAACAGAGCUCACAGUCACAGUCCAGACGCUUACUGAUUGAGUCCGAUUCGAGUACCGGUAGUUCGUGAGGACCGUUGGCAUUUGUGAUUGUUUUUUCUCGACAUAUGUGUGAUAUAUAGUGUGUACAGACACAUACUAGGUACAAUGUACAUGACGAGUCCCAGAUUUGACUGUGCCAGUGGUUUAAAUGAUUGUGUAAUAUCGUUAAUUGUCUGUUAAAGUCUUGUACCCAUUGGAUUAAGACAAAUAUAUAAUAAUUGUUUUGACCAGUUUUUUUUAAGUUUUUUUUUUUUUUCAAAAUGUUAUAUUGGAUAAACUUCAUACCAUUCUAUACUGUAUUCUGUGCCAAUUGAAAAAUUAUUUUUUGUUUUGCUUCUCCAGAUAUUUUGUAUUUCUCUGUAAAGUUUCUGUCGUACAGUGAACAUACCAGGCUACCAGCACAAAUGUUGCUACGUGUUCCAAGUGGUUAAUUAUACUCAUGGAUAUUUUGAGGAUAAAAACAGUGCUUUCACCCUGAUUCCUCUGUGGAUCUUUUAGUGCAUUUCAUUUGCUAAAAUUUGAAAUUUGGAUUAUGAUAAUUUCAUCUGUUGAAAGAAGAACAAAGAAAUGACUUCUUCCUAUCAGUUUGUGGAAACGGAGUUGCGCCCAAGUUGAUUAUAAUAUUUUUUCAUUAUGAAUGUGAGAUUUAGCACUUUUGGAUUCAUGGAUUGCAUUAAUGUAACUACCUCUUAAAGAAAAUUACCACACUAGAUUUGAACACAAUUCUACAAUUUUCUUGGAUUUAUUCCAAGUGGAAUACCUUAAACUGUAUGAAAUACAUGCAAAUUAAAUGUAUGUAUCCAUGCAACAACAGUCUUAGGUGAAACCCUAGGAGUUUUGGACCAAUCAAAUAAACAGUUUUUGGGGGAUCCACAAUAUUUAUCUGAGUUGAUCAUUAGGCCACAAGCUAUAUGGAGAUCUAUCUGCUUUCAUACAUGUACACCAUAGGCCAAAAUUAUUUCUUUCAUAAUCAUCCCAAACCCAUGAAAAAAAAAUUGGAGCAAAAUGAAAUUAGUUUGCAUGGAUCUGGAAUAAAUAUAAUUAAUUGAACAAAAGUGGGAUUUGCAAAUUUUCAGUGUUUCUUCCUGUACAGUACACUGAUGUUUCAGCAUGCUAGAUGUGAAAACUAGAUGUGCAAUCUAAAAAGGAAUCUGGUGUUUAUCUCUAGGAUAAUAAAUUACAUAAUACUGGUGCAUACUGUUUUAGGCAAAAGAGAAGACAUCUGAGAUUUUUGAAAUUACUUCAAACUAUAUCACUUCAAAUUGAAAAAAAAAACAACAAAGUUUUCAUUUAUUAGCGAUAGCCUAACAAUGAAUUUGGAAACAUACAGCUACAAUAUUUUAAAACGGUCUGAAGCAUGUAUGCAAGCCAUGAGAUUUACCAGAAUCUACUCUGUUUGACUACACAGUGUAAGGAACUCCAGAUGUGGUAAUAUGGGGGAUACAUGUACUAGGGCUGGUUAGAGGAAGGGGGUAAACUUGGGGAGGUUCCAUUUCUAUAAAGCAGGCAUACUGUUGUGGCAUAUACUGACAAAAAAACCUCAACUUCACUUUUUAGAAGUUAGCAUUUUUUAUUUAAUUGGUUUUCAGGUUUGCUUUAAGCUCGAUUUCACAUCUAACCAUUCUUUCCCAGAUUUCAUAUAAUAAAUAUACGUGCAUCAUUCAUGAACUUGCCUUUUGAAAAUUGAAAAUUGUCUCCUGCAAGAAAGACUUGGAACAUUAACAAUAAGCAUUCACUUUCAGGUUCGUUACCAAAGAUAAUGAUUUUGAAACUCAUGAUUUUGUUCCAAAAUUAGUCUUUUGAAAUUGCAGUUUUCCAUUUUCAAACAUUCAUCUGGCCCCAUAAGUAAUCAUUGUUAAGGUACAGUAUAUGUUUACAUCUAUAUGAUAGACAUUAUUAACAAUUUCAGUGCAAUAGAAAAAGCUAUUAAAAUUACCAUUUUUAUGUACAGUUUGUACAUGUAGAGUUCAACACAUUUGUAUGUUAUAAAGACCAUUUCAUGAUUACAUCAGAUACCCACAAAUCAUCUCUAAAUCUCUGUUAAGACUUUGAAGGAAUUAAUGAUUUUUUACCCAUUUAUGCUACAAGUUUUAACAUAUAUUUUAGUGUUUUCCUAAAAAAAAAAAAAAAAAUGUGGAAACAUUUCGGCUGCAACAGGAAAAAAUUGUUUUAAUGUUUAAGAUUUUUGAACAUUUGAUAACUAUACAAUAUCUAGCACUGAAAUUUUGUAAGGAAACAUUUCCAGUGUAUUAUUGAUGUUAUGGGUUUAAAUGUUGGUGUUACUUUCAAUAGUCAUGUACUAUAAGAAUUUGCAUGUUCAAAACUGAAACCACAGCAAAAUGUUUGUGCUCUAUAUCAUAUUUAAUGAGGGAAAUGUGUAGAUGGUUAUGAAAUGAAAUUGCAGUAAGAAGUACAUACAUUUUUUUUAUUCUAAUAAACUUUUAUAUAUAGCACGUGAAAUACCCUUUUGGUAAGGGUGACUGCAGAAUUCAAGAUUGUUCUCAUGUUUUAAGCAUUUUCAUUUGGUAUACAUUCGUAUUUGAUGUUUUUCUUUCUCAUGAAUCUGAACAGAGCCUGUUCAGUUGUUUGUUGUAUGCUGUUAGUUUACAGAUAUUAGUAUGGAUUAUGUACGAUUAUGUUAAAAAGUUGUUAUUUGAAUUGUAUAGAUUCCAGAAAGUGAGGAUUUAGUUAUGCGACUUAAAUGUCAUUGUACUACAACCCUUGGAAAACAUGUGAUUAUUAAAUUGUAUGUAUAUAAUUGUCAUUUAAACAAAGUGUACAGUCAUUUUAUGUAUAUAAAGAACAAGUCAACUAUAUAUAGAUAUAUGAAUUUGUGUAUAUUGGCUAAUUAUGUAAAUGGAUCAGUUUGCUGUUAGCUUUACAAUUCUGUACACAAAUUUUAAUCCUGACAGUUCGAGUAUUGUAUAUUUUAAGCUAUACACUAUCGUGUGUAUUCAUCAACAUUUUUUUUUGUGAAAUGGAUUAAUAAAAAAAAUCAUUAAAAAAAUCUUUUGAAUAAUCCUUAUAUAUUUGCAUAGAAAUUUAAGAUUUUGAUUUCUGUAGUAGAAAAAUGCCACGGUUGGAAUAGACACUACUGAACCAAUAUCUGAUUUUUGCACUGCAUAUGGUCAAAGUCCUUUGAUCAUUUAUGGCUACUAACUGACCAUUUAUGAGUCUUCAUUCAGGCAAAGUGGUUGUAAACAAAUAUUCGUAGUUGGACUUUACCAAGAUGAGACUUGUCAAAGGAAUGAUGAAGGAAUAAGGUGACUUCUCAUGGCUGUAGCAGUGUAGCACCUCAUGAUUGUGUGCAUGGGUAUCAACUUGUCAUCAUUUUGUGUGUACACAUGAUUAAUGAAGCAUUCACAAUACUUUUUCUAAGUCAUGGUGAUUUGAUUAAUUGAAAAAAAGAAUAACCGCAAAAAGUAAAUAAUAAUAAGGAAGAAAUAAGUAAAACAGUGAAAAGAAAAAAAAAAUGGAAAAAGGGGGUGAGUGUGUGCUAAACUGAUAAAUUUAAUUGACUGUACGAGUAAAACAACCUAAUUGAAACCCCUGUGGAGAACCCCAUUGUCAGUUACAUUUUGCAGUGAGCAGAAUUCCUGUAUGAAGUAUGUUAGGAGAAUGUAGACCAGGUUCCCAUGAACUAGACUUGUUCUACAUCCCAUAAUGGCCGGAUCAGUCACAUCCUGUUGUGUGGAGGAAGAAUGGAGAGCUAGGGAAACAAAGGGCCUCUAAUCAGCCUGCUCGGCCCUAUUCUGGUUACAAUUAGAUGGAGCCAGAUCCCAGCCUUCUUAUUCCCAUACAUGUGGUAUAGGAAGAGAGGUGAUAGGCUAGGAAUCAGAGGAAAAUAACUGAAAUAUGUAUGCUUGAUGCUCCAAUAGGGAGACUUGCCACCAAUUCAGUUAAUUUCCAGUAGCUGUAUCUAGUCAGUCAAUGUACACCAUUGAGGUGAUUAAGUAACUUUUUUUUUCUGGUAUGAUCAAACUUUGCUUGUUUUUUUUGUUUUUUUAACUUUGUUGAAGGAACCUGCAUUACUUUACUAUUUUUUCACUUUUCGCUAAAGUUUGUGUUCAUUUCUUCAACAUUCUUGGAAAUUCUCUUCUGAACGAAAUCUCGGAAAUAUGUAUAUAUACACAAAAAAAACAUCAUACCAGUAUAUAUACCCAGUUUCAAAUUCAGCUUGAAUAUGUAUGUCUUAAUUGUAACAGGAUAUGAACGAUACUGGCUAUGAACUUUACUGGAAUUUCUGAGGGGAAACCCCUAGUUGGUUUCGUUUAACAUGGAAUAUCAUCAAUGAUGCCAGUCUUUCCCGUCUCAGUUUGAUGACAUCUAGAUAUUUCUACAGCUGUCUGUUCACUGCAUAUGUAAAACAAGAUAUGUGUGAUGGCUUAUUAUAAAUGUAUACACCACAAACUGUGAAUUGACUUCUUGUCAUUAACUAAAGAUGUAGACCAGUUACAGUCUUGAUAAUGGAGGGAAAUUUGGCAUCUACCUGUAGGAGUCGGUGAACUAGAAUUACAUUUCUUUGUGGCAUAUUACAGGGAGACUAAUGAGAACAACAUGUCACUACAUAGUUGUCUGUAGCUAGGUUCACUGUUGAAGGGGAAUGUAGGUGAUCCAGCUACAAGUGGGUGUAAUUUGUAAACAGUUCGUUGUAUUGCUGUGUGCUGCACAUUAUCACACACACACACAUAUAUAGGUGUGUGUUUUACAUGCGCUUCUCACUUGAAAUCGUGUACACAUUCGAUUUAAAUUGAGAAUAGUGUACAUGCAAAUCGUGUACACAUGCGAUUUAACUUGAGAAUAGUGUACAUGUGACAGUGUGCUUCACACUUUAAACUUCGUACACAUGCGAUUCACACUUAGAAUAGUGUACAUGUGUGAUUCACAUUAAAAUUGUGUACACAUACAAUUCACAUGUGUUUUCAUUUUACAUUUAAAUGUUUGGCUCAUUCUCCCCAGUGUGCGUGGCGAUCGGUUCACUUUUGAUCAUUUUUUAACCAGUAUGAGUUUAGUAGUGUCUAUUUACCAAACCCGUAUAUUAAAUACUUAAUAUUGUAUGAAAUGGUCAGUACAAACUUUCUAGUUAAAAUAUUAAAUGAUUGAGUCCGCAAUUUUAUGAUAAUGUUGCUAAUUUAUAUAACAAAUAUAAUCUUGGUCUACAAAGGUACAGUUCAUAUUCGUCAGUGUCCGUUUUGUAAUGUAUUGUUACAUUGAAGGUUGUUAACAUAUUUUUAACCAUAAAUUGUUCAGUUAGAGCCAGUUUUUACUACUUGUCUUGUUGCUAAGUUUUUUUUUAGAAACUUAAUCAUGUCAGGUUGGAAUUUAUUCUCAGAUUUUCAGAUAAAUAAUUAAUCACGAUUCAUAGAAUUGAAAGAUCAUAUUUGCUUUUCAAUUACUAACUCACUGAACAUGUUAGAUUCCAUUCAUUUUCGUAAAUUUUAGACUAAAUUAGGCAUUGUUGUGUAUUAAUGGAUGUCUAUCAGUUUGAAACUAAUUCCACAGUUCUUCUUACUCCGUAAGGCCGACUUAAAAAAAUCAUAAAAUAUAUGCUUUCAUUUAACAAAAGAAAUGAAAAUAUACAGCAUUUUCAAAUAUUGGGAUAAUCCCUUGUUGGGAUAAUCCCUUUGAACCCUAUACUUCUACUGUUAAUAUUUCCUCAGGAUAAAGUCUGUCAAUUUGUUUGAGGGGUGAAUGCUGUUUGAGAUAUAUUGAAAUUUUUUUAUCCUGUUUGGAUGAAAAUCUGAGAAUUUUGUUUGUUAACUGAAUUAUCAAAUAUUUCGAAAGAUUUGUUUGUCCUUUUAGUAUAAAUUCUGUGAAUUUGUCUGAGAGUUGAAAGAGGUGAAUUAAACCAAUGAAUUGAUAGAUUAUAUCCUGUUACUGUGAAUUCAGUGAAUUUUUCUAAGAACUGUCCUUGUUUUUGACAUUGUUGAGGAUAUGCGUGUUGUAGGCUGUUAUUACUUGUUAGACCUAGAUCAAAUGUAACGUGUGUUAUGUAGAGUGUACCGACUUAUGUUAAAGUAUAUAUAUAUAUAUGUAUAUAUACAUAUGCUUGUUGAACAGUCGAUGUACAUGAUCUGACAGUGCUGUAAACAAAAUGUGAUGCUGUACAUACUCUGUAAAACUGAGGAUAAAAAACAUUUAAACUCCUUCAAUGGGAAUCUUCAAAACUG